CAAUAACACAACUUGUCACAUUCCAGAACAAUCUUCAAUCUCUAAUACAAAACAAAACACAAUACUAAUCACUUUCCACCAUCAUGAUGUCCCUAUAUAAAGGAUUCAAGGCCACAUCUUAUUCUUACCAAAAUCAACAUCUUUCAGUGUUAUUAUUCUUGCAAUUACAAUCUCAUCAUCAACAUACCCUUUUUCGUUCUGUUUCCGCUAUGGGAUUAAUAUUUGGAAAAAUUGCUGUUGAGACACCAAAGUAUGAAGUAGUGAAAUCCACACAAGACUAUGAAAUCCGAAAAUAUGCACCAUCAGUGGUGGCUCAAGUCACGUAUGAUCCAUCAUUGCCACAGUUUAAGGGUAACAAAGAUAGUGGAUUCAUGGUUCUUGCAAACUACAUUGGUGCCUUAGGGAACCCACAGAAUACAAAGCCUGAAAAGAUUGCCAUGACUGCGCCAGUUAUAACAAAGGACACCACCGGCGAGAAGAUUGCUAUGACUGCCCCAGUUGUGACCAAAGAUGGCAGUGGUGGCGACGGCGGUGAAGCCAAGAAGAUGGUUACCAUGCAGUUUAUUUUGCCAUCUGUAUAUGAGAAAGCUGAGGAUGCACCAAAGCCUAUUGAUGAGAAGGUUGAGAUCAAGGAAGAGGGAGAGAGGAAGUAUGGUGUGGUGAAGUUUAGUGGAGUUGCAUCAGAUGGGGUUGUAAAAGAAAAAGUUGAGAAGCUGAAGGGGUGUUUGGAGAGAGAUGGGUAUAAGGUGAUUGGGGAUUUCUUGUUAGCUAGGUACAAUCCACCAUGGACAAUACCUAUGUUUAGGACUAAUGAGGUUAUGAUACCAGUUGAGUAAUAUAUGAUAUCAGUAUUUCAUGGGUUUCUGUUCUGCUUUUACAUUAUGUUGCUUGUAUCUUAUGACUCGGGUAAAAAUUCAAUUAAACACAGCAAUGGCAAUGUUUGUUAUGA